AUGAGUCCGCGCCAGUGCCCAGACUCUCUGGUCUUGCUGCUGCCCAUUGGCCACUUCAGAAGUCACAUGACGAAGGUGCCUUGUAAAUGAAGAUGUGGGGAGCACUGGAUUGCCCAUGUUUCUUGGCUUCUGGUUGUGGGUGACUCUUCUCAGCAAGCUCUCCAUCAUGGUCGAGCCCUUCUUGGGAACUUGGAAACUGGAAUCCAGUGAGAACUUCGAGGAAUACUUGGAACAACUGGGCGUGCCCGGCACCAUCCGGCACCUGGCCGCCCUGGAGAAGCCCAGGAUCUGCAUCAGCGCCCAUGGGGACAAGGUGAGCCUCAGGACAGAGACCUCUUUCAAGAACUUCGAGAUCUCCUUCAAGCUGGGGGAAGAGUUUGACGAAACCACAGCGGACGGCCGGAAAGUGAAGAGCAUCAUAAGGUUAGACGGCGACUCGUUGGUCCAUGUCCAAAAAUGGCUUGGCAAGGAGACAACAGUCAAAAGACAAAUCGUAGACGGGAAAAUGGUGGCGAAACACACCAUGAAUAAUGUUGUCAGCAGGCGAGUCUUCAGAAAGGAAUGAAGAAAGCCGCCACAUCUGUGAAAACCCACUCACCAAGAAAACACGGGGGUGAAGAUCUGCCUCAGGGCCAGUGAUUUUAAAAAUUGCUUAGUAGAAACGCUCAAUAAAGCAUCAGAUUAGGUGCAGUUUCA